GCCUGGAAGAGGGCAAGUCGCUGUUGCAUUUCUGGUGGAUCUGGUCGCUGUAUCGUUCUUCGACCCCCACCCACCCACCUCACACCCACACACACGCCUGCGUCGCCACCAUAUUGCCACCAGGAUGAUGAUCCCGGAGUAUUCCCCGCGGGGAACCUCCAUCACGUACCGGAACGCCACGGCUGUUCCGCCUAUGGUAUAUCGCCUAAGCCUGAAGCCGGCGUCACCCUCGUCACCCAGCUCUCCAACGGCCUCGGCCGCCACUCCCACGACACCGACUGCCACCGCGAUCGUCUACGUUCAGAGUCGCCCCACUAUCCCAAGCAGCUCCAGCACAGGAACUCUGGUGGCCACUGGUAGUUUCCGUCGUGCUCGUCGACGCAAGAGCCACUCGGAGUCAGCACUGCGUCUUGAGCGCAUGUUGGCUCCGGCUCCCCUUGGUCGGCGUGCUCGCCCGUACUUAGCGGGCGAGGAGGCUGACUUGGUCCGCACAGUUACCAUCUCUGGAUAUUCCAAGAAUAACCACGGUACCUGGAUGUUCAAGGUGGACGUGGGUGGACCCAGCGACAGCAACGCAUAUGUGGUGCGUCGCCGAUUCAAGGACUUCAAGUUGCUGCACGAGGGGCUGUCAGAGCUGUCAGAGCUGCCAGAGCUGCCUCCACAUGGCAUCGUGUCAGUCUUCCAGAUGUUCGUGUCUCCUGACAAGCUGCUUACCACGCGAGCAGAACGCUUGCAGGAGAUGCUGCUUGUGAUCCACGCGCACCCGACGCUGUACAAGAGUAAAGCGUUCAGCUCUUUUAUUGGCAAGAACCCAAGCAGCUACGACACCGGUUAUGUGAGCCUGUCGGGCUACGAAGUGCCGGCAAGCCAGCGACCUAGUCCGGCGGGGUCCUUCGACACCAGCUUCUCGGUGUAA